GAUGCAAACGGUGGAGCUGAAUAUCAAAACCGUUUGUAAGGAUGGCCGUUCGGAGCAAAAAGCAGAACUGCCCAUGGCUUUGUGGCUGAAGAGCCACCAAAACACACUGUGGAAAAUGGGCCACGGGUUCUCAUUUGUGCAACUCUUGGCAUCUGGUAAAUAUUCAUUCGCUACCUUCUCUGGGGUGCACAACGGUACGACGCUUCCCGACAACAAGGAGGAACUGAUACAAAAGGCCCGCAACAAUUCCUUCAUGACUUCUUACACCGAAAUCCCCUCAGCCAAAAGCAUCAGCCUGGAAUAUAAGAGAAUUUGCGGCUCAGCCGUAGUCACAACCACCCCAGCCCCCCAGACAGCAGAAAACCUGACCGUCAAGGUCCACCAGCUCAUCAACCUUUGCAAGCCCUGGAAGUGCUUGGAUAGCAGCAUCGAAAUUGCUCUCCUCAAGAUGUAUCUGACGGUGUUACCUACCCGGGUCGAUGCCAUCACCUUGAAAGAUCCCAGCUGCAGGGCCAGAGACAACACGACCCAUUUUGUCCUCAACAGCAUCCUGGACAAAUGUUCUACCCAACUUGAAGGGGGUGUCCAUGUGAAAAACCAG